UCACCGCCAAUUUCCUCCUUCAGAUUCAAAUCAACCACCAUUUUCGCUCGCCAUUGUUCUUCCUCCUCCUCCUCCGCCGCCGUCGCCGCCGCCACCGCCGUUUCCUCGCACAAUUUAUUUUUCUGUGUUCGUCAAUCAAUCGCAUUGUUUCGACAUUGUGAAAUCCGAUAUGGCUGCACUCGCAGUUGAGCAGCUAAAUCAAUUGCGCGACAUUUUUGCACGAUUCGAUAUGGAUUCAGAUGGAAGCCUCACGAUUCUUGAACUAGCAGCGUUGCUUCGAUCGCUCGGUCUCAAGCCCUCCGGCGACCAAAUCCAUGUUCUUCUCGCUAAUAUGGAUGCGAACGGAAAUGGCUCUGUAGAGUUUGACGAAUUGGUGACUGCGAUUAGGCCGGAUUUCAACGAGGAGGUAACAGUAAAUCAGACGCAACUUCUUGAGGUCUUCCGUUCGUUCGACCGAGACGGCAAUGGAUAUAUAACCGCAGCGGAACUUGCGGGAUCGAUGGCGAAGAUGGGACAGCCAUUGACAUACAGAGAGCUAACAGAGAUGAUGAAGGAAGCCGAUACGGAUGGCGAUGGUGUUAUUAGCUUCAAUGAAUUUGCAUCUGUAAUGGCUAAAUCUGCCUCUGAAUUUCUAGGGCUUGCAAUCGCUUAACUAGGUCAGAAUCGUUUCUUCUUAAUCUUCUACGCUUUCGAAAUGUGAAAACUGUAAUAUAACCAUCAGAAGUUUUCCCCACCCUGAUCUAAUUAACAACCACUGCCGCCAUGAUCUUAGAACAUUGGAAUAAAUUAGCGUUUAAUAA